UGGGGACCCCUGCAGCCACUGAUGGAAGCCACAUUGCCUGGGCAUCGGACCAUGAACCCCUGCCCUGUAUGGGAGCAGAGUACCAGCCGUGUGUUCCUGUUUUUCAUCUGUGUGCCAGACCGUGUUACUGAACAUUGGCAGAUUAGGUCAGGCAAGAAUGCUGCCCGUCUCUGCUUCCUGUGCAGUCAGGAUGCUGGGUGCUCAUGGGGUGAAGUGAAGGACUUGACUGAGGAGGUCAUUGGCUCAGAGGUGAAGCACUGGGCCACAUUUGCUGUGGGCCCAGGCCAUGGCAUCCAGCUGCAGUCAGGAAGGCUGAUCAUUCCCACCUACGCCUACUAUUUCUCACGCAGGUUCCUCUGCUUCCCGUGUUCAGUCAAGCCCCAUUCCCUGAUGAUCUACAGUGAUGACUUAGGAGUCACAUGGCACCAUGGCAAGCUCAUUGGGCCCCAGGUGACAGGGGAGUGCCAAGUGGCAGAAGUGACUGGGACGUCUGGUAACCUUGUGCUCUACUGCAAUGCCCGGACACCAAACAGAUUCCGAGCAGAAUCUUUUAGUACUGAUUACGGUGACUGUUUUCAGAAACCAACCCUGAACACACAACUCUGUGAGCCCCGCUAUGGCUGCCAAGGCAGUAUAGUGAGCUUCCAGCCCUUGAAGAUGCCAUUCUCACAAGACCCAAUUGGUAAAGCUGCUCCCACUACUCAGAAGAGCCCUCUGCUGGACAGUUUUCUGGAGCGGGAGGAAGGAGUUGGAAGACCAUCAGGAACAUGGCUCUUGUACUCACAUCCAACUAGCAAGAAGCGGAGAAUUAACCUGGGCAUCUACUACAACCGGAACCCCUUGGAGGUGACCUGCUGGUCCCGCCCUUGGAUCUUGCACUGUGGGCCCUGUGGCUACUCUGAUCUGGCUGUUGUGGAAGAGCAGGGCUUAUUUGCAUGUUUGUUUGAAUGUGGGCAGGAGCAUGAGUGUGAGCAGAUUGCCUUCCGUCUAUUUUCAGUCCAAGAGGUUUUGAGCUGUGAAGACUGCACUGGCCCUAGUAGGGACUAAAGCCAAAUCAAGCCUGAUGGGUGAGGACCCAACUUUCCUCAGAAGUGAAUGGCAACUGCAGCUGGGAUAACAUGGGUCACUGAUGUCUACAGAAAAUCCAAAAACUAAUACUUCGCUC